AUGGUCACGAAGAGGUUGGGAGGGUUUCCUCGUCUUCGGUUUACUCUGGUUGAGAUCGCACCAGAGUUAGUAGAGGCAAGUGUUAUUGAUCUCUCUGAGGUAGUCGACAAGAAGCUUAUGCGGUCUCUUGCUUCAGUCAAACGUCUUUCUUUAGCUUUAUUUCCAUCGGACAUUACGUUUCCGAAUACAGAUCUUUAUUUGUCUUUAUUACCUCCAGCAGAAAUGAUUACAUUUCCUAGUACUGUCUUCCAUCAGUUAGUACAUUUGGAGCUAAGUACAGAUAAAGCAGAUUGGUGGAAUCUACUUACACGCAUGAUCAAUACGUCUCCAAGAUUGCAAGUCCUAAAGCUUGUCGGUGAAUGGUAUUACGGAAAAGUUCGUGUAAGUUGUAAAGAAUGGAAUCAACCGAAUAAGAACGUUCUUGAAUGUUUGGAGACAUUUCUGUGGAACACCUACAAAGAGCAACAUGAAGAAGAAGAGAAAGAAGUUGCCAAAUACAUCCUCAGAAACGCAAUUCGAUUGAAGAAAGCAAAUAUCUGCAUUAAAGGGUUUAACUCAGACGAGAGACUAGAGUUGCUUAAUGAGCUGGAAAGUGUGGUCAAGGCUUCAAAUUCACUAUGCGAGCUGCUUUUGUAUUAA